AGAACCAUUUAUAAGGCUAGUCAAAAGCAAAUUAGAAUUAGCUCAAAUAGUUGAGAAUAAUAUAAUCUUGUAUAAAGAUUUGGGAAGUUGCAAAUUACUAGAACAAGAAAUUGUAACUAAGCAGUUAAUUGCUCUACAAAAUAGACUAAACA